AUGAAUCCCACAUCAACAAAUUCCAAAGAAAUAAACCAAAGUACAGAUCCUGGAAUAGCCGUUUUAUCUUUUUUUGUAUCAGUUUUAGGAGCGUGCACCGCUCUAGAAUUACUGGGAAGACGUACUUCGCAUGUUGGUGCAAUUAAUUGGUUGCUGUUACUUGGUGCAGCUUCCUCGAUGGGAUUUGUCGGGAUGUGGGCGACUCAUUUUACUGGGAUGAAGGCACUGGUUCUUGAUGACGGAGAUCCUCUAACGCAAGCUGACAUUAACUAUGACUCUCGUUUUACUAUUUUAUCACUUGUUCUUCCUAUUGUAGUCUUGAUCCUGGCUUUUUGUGCAAUAGGCUCACAACCAAAAGUCAAUCUUAGUCGAAUUUUAAUAGGAGGCACAAUUGCUGGUUUAAAUAUCGUAUUAAUGCAUUUCUGCAUUCAAUUGGCCGUUAUUCAAUAUGAUGUUCAGUACAACAUUGGAACAUUUAUUGCUGCUACUAUCAUAGCAUUGGUCGCAUCAAAUGCUAGUUUAUACCUCUUUUUUGCUAUGAGAGCAAAAUGGCGAAGUGAUUGGUACAAGCGAUUAGGAUGCGCAUCAAUUAUGGCAAUAGCAGUCACCGGAAUGCAUUAUACAGCGUCCGUGGGAACUCGUUAUUACUUAAAGGCGACAGAAGUGAAUGCGCAGCCUGAGAUAUCGAGCUAUUUAAUUCUUGGGCUGGUUGCUAUGGCUUCAAUUAUUGCGAUCGUUAUUCUUGUUAGCAUAACUUUUAUUGCACGCGCGGCUGAUCUAAAGACAAAGCGUCAUGCCCAAAAAGUUGUAUUGGGCGUGGCAAUUUAUAAUGGGAAAGGCUCAAUAUUGGUGUCAAACGAAGGAUUUAUCCCUUUUCGAAAAAUCACAAAUGAAUAUAGUCAACAAAAUUUGGAAGACGAAUUCACAAUCUCUCAUCCAAUUUUCCAAUGGCUCUAUCGUUUAACUCAUGACUGGAAGAGCAUCGAACAAUGGUUACCUACGAUUGAUAGACACAUCGAAGCAAUCGACAACCACGAAACAAACAUUGGUAAAGUGCCGUAUCCAAUACUUUUCCGUGAACAAUUCAUAAUAAAUGCAAAGCACCUCGCCGAAUCAUUGGAACUUCCAUUGGAGCAAUCAGGCAUUCUAUACGACAAUAUUCUCAAUACGGGAAACUUGGAAUACUCGCCACAACUAUCAUUUGUAUCCUCGAAAAACUCUGAUAUUUCUUUCAACCUCGAUAAAAGCGACGAGAUUAAGUUAAACAAGCGAGCUGACGAGUUUUUGGGUAAAGGACAAAUGUUAUUUUUAGUCCAAAAGGUCACAGAGGGGGGAGAAGAUCAUUUUCAUAGAUUAGGGUAUCGAUUUGUUGAACCUCAUCUUGUCGCCCCUUUAAUGGCCGCCAAUAUUCGAGUUGAUAAUGAUACUAUGCACGAUUAUCUUGAUUCAAUGCGAAUAUAUGCUAAUGAUGGUCAGAAACCACAGUUACAAGUGGAUUCCGUGUAUACCGGCUUACUUGUCAUACAACCACGUGUUAAAGGACUUCAAGUGUUAGUUUCUACUGAUGCUCGUCAUCAAAUCCCGGUAGCGCAAUUACCAAGUUUCAAAAAAUUGAGCGAUAUUGAAAAAAAUUAUAUAAAUCAUAUUUCAGGCGUAAAUUUGAUGGAAUUUUCUACGCGGUUAGGUCGUCAAUUUCCGGAAGUAACGAAAAAUGUGCCGUUUCUAAAUCUCAAUGAUCUACUACCACCGAAUUCUCCAACUAAAAUAACUUCGCUAUUAAGUCCUCCAAUCAGUCCAAUAAGAACCACCUUUUCAUCAAGGGCGGCUAGUACAUUAGUAUCUCGCGAAAGUUCAAAUGAUGAUCUAAAAGGGAAAAAAAACCUAACGCUAACCACCAUUGAUAAUCAUCUGUCAUUACCUGAAUUAAAGGACUUUAAUCUUGAAUUUUUACAAUCUUUAAAUCAACUUAUUUCGACAGUGGACGAAAAGAAAAUAUCCAAAAACGCUUUACUAUUCCCACAAAUAUCCGAGAUCCGUAUUCCACAAAAAGGAGGCACCGCGGAAUUAAUCCUCUUCACGCUUCUCUUAUCACAUGAUCAACGACCAAAUUUAUCUUCUGGUGAUGUUACAUUCGUGCCUUAUCCAAUGUUUCACACUUAUCAAGAUGUUAUUUAUCAAACAUCGACAUAUAAACAACAAGCAUGGCAUCGAAAGGUGGAUGAAGAGCUCGGUGAAGUUGUACAUAAAGCAUUAUAUCACAAUGUUACCAAGUUAAGAUCCGACUCUUUAUCGACAAUUGAGAAAUUUCCUACGAAUGGGUUAGAUUUCAUGGUGUUUGCACAGCAGGAAGUGGUCGAAGAAGUUGUCAUCGUGACGGACGAAAUAUCAAGCCAAUUCUCAAAUGAAUGUGAUAAUGUCAAAGUCGAAGAAAUUGAAACAAAGAAUUCAUUCGAAGAUGGAUUAAAACCAAAUUAUCACAACAGUAAUAAUCUAGAUAAUAACGAAAGUGAUGAUAAUAAUAGUCAGCGAACUAAUAGUACUUAUCAUACUUUUGAUGACGAAAUGUCUGAACCUAAGGAACAUUAUGAAGACGAUUUGAAAAGAGCGUCGACUGGUACAUUUAUUGAUCCUGGGCUCACCACUACAAUUUCCACAUGGAAUGAAGAAAAAUGGUGGUUCGAAGAAAUCGUAAGAAAUAUUAGUGGAAUUGAAUUCGAUUCACGGGAAGAAUAUACAACGUUGAUUUACUAG